AUGGAAGCCACCCAAGUAAUAGAACAAUAUCGCCCCCAAGAGGGUAUCAACCACGAUUCGUUGAACACAGGCACUCAGGAGCAUGUCCAGUUCAACAACAGCUUCGCUCCGGAGCAUGAGGAGUCACAUCUCGAGAACCCCAUCGGAUCUCCCACUGGUACUACACAGCGCAGCAGCUCGAAGGACUACUCAGCCACUGACGAGUGGGAUGCGUCCAAGGUCCCACCCUCGCGCUUCCAACAACGCAAAGGCUCGAUCUACUCGACACAGGGGUCGCGUGACGGCCAUGUGCAGAGGAACAAGGACCGCGACAACGACUUCCACGAGACGCAUACCAAGCUCUUCGGGAAGGUCAAGGAGAAAGUCAAGGAAGUAGCUGGAGGUGGUGAUAAGACCCACCGCCGCAAGAGCAGCAGCGGAAGCAGCAAGGGUCAGAUCUAG